AUGAGCGACAAAAAUUACCGAAUAUCAGAUGUAUCAAGUGAAUAAGGAAUUAAAAAAAUUCAAUCAAUCUCGCCAAAUAGAAGAUCGAAUUAUUUCAAUUCAACUCAAUAAAAAUUAUAGUAUAAUUAUUACCCUAUAAAUAUAUAAUCCAAAACUGAAGAAUAAAAUAAAAUUUCAUAAAAAGUAAGUGAAAUAUCAAUUAUCAACCCUUCACAAAAAAUACCUACAAGUUAAAUCUAUGAUUAGUAAUUACCUUCAAAUAACGACCCGAGGAACUUUUUAACUUAAGCUGAGUAAUUAAAAUAUGAUCUUAUUUCUACUAAUUAAUCUAAAUAGAAUCUUUUAAUGAUUGAGAAAUUACUGUUUUAUUUCAACUCACAGCCUUAAUUGUAAUAUUUUUCAAAUACAUAAUAGUAUUAUGUAUAAAAUGGGAAGUUAUAUUUUACUGAAUUUGAUAACGAUAUGAACCCAAAAUUUAAAAUUCAAGAAGGCUCAUUUAUGGUUUGCUUAAGUAAAAAAGAAUUCAUAUUACAUGGCAAUGGAAAAGAGUAUUGUGGCAAAUCUACUCUUAUUAAAUUUUAAGGAUAAUUUGAAAAUGGUAUUUUUAAGGAUGAUGGAAGAAAUUAAAGAUCAAAAAGCGCCCCUAACAAAAAGAUUAGAAUAAUUGAUGCUUAAACAGGUUUAUAAGUAAAUAAUUACAAUUAAGUUAACAAGUAUCAAAACUAAUCACUCUUUUGUGAAAGUUGGUGCAAAUAUAACUAACAAAUUUCUUUAAAGGAUAUUUAGAUUUUAGAAAAUAAUCGACGAUUAACAAGCAGUAUUAUCGAUGCUUAUGUUUUGUAUCUUAAUUUAGAAAGUGAAAAUACUUAUUUUUCAUAGAAAACAAUUAAUCGAUAAAAUAUAAAUAGGAUCCUAUUUUUACCAACUACUCUGACUACUAAUUUUGGAAGAAAUUAUACUGAUUAACAUACAAAGGACAUCUUUGAAGCUGAAUUACUAUAAUUUAAAGAUCUGAAUUAUGACCUAAAAGAAAUAUACUCAUAAAUAGGUAUGCCUGUCAACAAGAAUAACUAUCAUUGGUAUUUUCUACUUUUUGAUUUAAAACAGAAUGUUUGUACAGUUUUUGACUCAUUAUAAAAGCCUACUACUACUGAUUAGAUGAACAUAGAUUAUCAGUUAAUUAUUACACUUGAAAAGUUACUAAAAAUAGAGAAACCUAAAAGGUAGUUCUCUGAAUGUUCUGGUAAGUAAACUGACAGUUAUUCUUGCGGAUAUCACGUUUGCUAAUUCAUGAAUUAUUGCUAAGAGAAAUAAUUUAAACAAAAAGUAAAUCAUGAUUUCAAUUUAAAUGAAAUUAAAACAAAAUUGUUAAAAAUUAUUAAAAUAUGA